UCUGUGGUUUUUGCAGGUUGAACUGAGCAUCCUGUUGGCUGUGAAGCAGUUAGCACAGCUCACAGCGGGGACAAGAGGAGCUGUAGACUGUAGAUUAAAUGCCUCAGGGUUCAUCAUGGUGUGUGGAGGAUUUACCUGCUCGAAAAAUGCUCUCUGCGCUCUCAACGUCGUUUACAUGUUGGUGGGGCUGCUCCUGAUUGGUGUAGCAGCGUGGGGGAAGGGCUUCGGGAUCGUGUCCAGUAUCCACAUCAUUGGUGGUGUGAUUGCCGUGGGCUUUUUCCUGCUGCUCAUCGCCAUCGUCGGCCUCAUCGGAGCCGUCCAUCAUCAUCAAGUCAUGCUCUUCUUUUACAUGGUCAUUCUGUUCAUCGUGUUCCUCUUCCAGUUUGGUGUGUCCUGCUCUUGUCUGGCCAUGAACCAGGAUCAGCAGGAGACGUUGAUGAACUCCACUUGGAGAAUUAUGAGCAGUGAGACCAAGGCAGAUUUGGAGGACAAGCUGGACUGCUGUGGCCUGUUCAACAACACCGCAAGCCGCCCGCAGUUCGAUGUUGACGUGGACCUUUGUAAAGCUAGCUGUGUAAAAUCUCACUGCAUGACUUGUGGUCAGAAAAUGCUGCAGCAUGCAUCCGAGGCCCUGAGGAUCCUGGGUGGUGUGGGCCUCUUCUUCAGCUUCACUGAGAUUUUAGGAGUUUGGCUGGCCAUGCGCUACAGGAACCAGAAAGACCCCCGAGCAAACCCCAGUGCAUUCUUAUAGUCUCCCAGCCUCCACCCGGUCCCACAGUGCAGCAGCGUAGAUGAGUGUUUCCUCUUCCCUUUGCACACCCGGAGGCACUCGGUCAUUCAGCACGGACUUCAGACUGUACACUGACUUGCUGCUCUCUACAUGCCUUCUCAAUGAUUUUAUGGCACCAAGACCUAAAGAGCCCAUUUAAAAAAAAAAAAAAA